AUGCUAGCUUCCACCAAGACGACAGACAUGGUCGAUUCAGUAGGGCUUACUACUACGGCCACGGCUGCCCCAAUCACAACGGUGGUAUUGGCCACUACACCGUCGCCCAGGGACCGGACGCUGAAGCAAAUUGCCGCUUCUGGGAGGUCGGCCUUUGAGCAACGCGUCUGGUCGCUGCUCUGCCAAAUCCCCACAGGACAGGUCACGACAUACGGAAUCAUGGCAGCCUACCUAGGCUCAUCGCCGCGAGCGGUGGGCAAUGCAAUGCGACGCAAUCUGUUUGCACCAAUGGUGCCGUGCCACCGCUGCAUAGCCACCGGCGGUGGCCUGGGCGGGUUCAAAGGCGUUGGACCGGAGCGAAAGAGAGGGCAGAAAGUGGGCAGCAAGCAGCAGGCGGUGAAAGAGGGCAUCACGUUGGCUGAGAAGCGCUCUCUCCUGCGGAUGGAGGGCGUGCGGUUUGACAGCAAAGGCCGUGUGCUAGGAACACCCUUCCAGGCAUUCCGAGAAACCGGGAGAUAA